UGACGGAGGUGGAGAGGAAGGGGUGCUAGAGACCGUGCACUGUUUGCUUGUGUCAGUUCUGUGUGUGAAUACUGCUGAAAUCUAUAGAAUUAGCUAAUAGCUACUAGGAAAACCAGCGAAACUGGUGGACAUUUAACGCGUAUGAGCGAUUCAACCAUAACCAGAUGUAAAAAUGUGAGUAUUGUCAGAGGCAGAUGUGCUCCCACCCACCCCAGCACCACACUAGAAUGUACUUGAUGAAUGUGCCUCCAGUUGCGGCUAUUCACACAGAAUGGAAGUCAUCGUGCGGCGGUCCAGCCGGAGGCUUUAGCGGUCUGCCCAUCUGCUUCAAUGACUCUGACAGCGACUUGUCCACCACUGGAACACCCAUCCCAGAGAAGGUCCAGAUGAUCAUAGAGAGCCUAAGGAGCACCCAUUCCUCACUCGACAUGGGCAAUGAGACUGAGGGGAACCAGGUGCUGUCAGGACAACCAGGACAGGAUGUCGGAGCCCGCGGCUCCCAGGGCUUCAAGGCCCGGAGGGGGCUUCCUGUGGUGGUGGGGCCCAAAUUCAGAGGACCUCUUCCUGCCACUCACAUUAAUAACUUGCUGGCAGUGCCAGAAGUUUCCUCAAAUGUUGAUUCGGAGAGCCAGAGUUCUGACAGCGAUGACUCUGUGGAUAGAGGGAUCGAGGAGGCCAUACAGGAGUACCUGAAGGAAAAGGACGACCACAAACGCAAGGCCGAGCCAGAGCCAUCCACUAAUAUUCUACAGCCACCCAAGAUGCCGCGGAGGGAGCCUCCUCCAACCGUUCCAGAACCUCCCAAACCACAAUCUGACAGCAAUAAGGUUUUAACUGCCAGCAACCAGGUCCCGAAAAGUGUCAAAACAGAAACGCAGGACACCACACCCCCAGCCAUGAAAAAACGUGUAAAAAGUAAGACACCCACCUGCAAAGAGAAUCCCUUUAAGAAAUUGGGCACAACAAGCAAAGCAGCGGUGGUCCAAAAACUGUCCUCUUUCGAACGGAAGAGAGGCCCCUCUAUUUCGAACCCUCUUUCUGGCAAACUGAAGUGUCCCUUGGUGAAAGCAGUGGAGGAACACUUGUCUGACAGUGACAGCAGUAGUGAUGAUGGUAUAGAGGAGGCUAUUCAACGCUACCAGCAGGAGAAGAAAAGAGAGAGACAUGAAGGAGGAGGCAGACAGUCCUCCAAGCCCCUUCUUCUCCUCAAAGAGGAGUCCGACUCCAGCAGCAGCGAUGACGGAAUUGAGGAGGCUAUCCGCCACUACCAGCUGGAGAAGCAGAAAGAGAAAAAGAGUGUCCCCAAACUCUCUCUAUCUCUACCCCCUAAACAUAAGCAAGUCAGUAAAGCAGCCGCUUCCCUGUACUGUCCAGAGAGCAUCAGCUCUCCAGCAGGGGACAUGAAAAAACACAAACUGUCUAAAAAUAAAAAAAAGAAACCUGAGACUAGGGAUGUAAAAUCCUAUCUACCCUCCCAAACUCCAGGUUCCUCGCUCUCUCUUAUCAAGACGAGAUUAGCAGCUAGCUGUCCCCAGGGGAACGGCCUCCUCCUGUUGACUCAUGUGGAGCCCCUGCGAGAGAGGGAGCAGGAGCAGCACACCACCCCAGGCCCAGCCACCCUGAAGGUGAACACCAUCACUACCACCACAGCUGAGCUGAUGUGUGCUGAAGCCAUUCUGGACAUCUCUAAAGCUGUCAUUAAAAUUCCAGAGGCCUUUAACCCUAACGCAGCGGACCUUAUCAAUAUCAACAGCAGUUCCACAGAGUCCACCACUUCCCUCUUCAUCUCCACAAACUGUCCUGAUGAUGAUGAUAAUAAUAAAAGUGAUGAUGAGAGCUCCGUUGACAGUGAGGAGGGGAUCGAACAGGAAAUCCGGAAGUUUCUCGAGCAGAAGGCCCAAAUGCACAAACUGUUGCCUGGUUCAGCUGUUGGUACUACAAGUCAGGGUGGAACUAACACUACGACUGAACCAGAGAAAAACGCCAAACUGAGUCUGGCCCAGAAGAAAACACUGAGGCUGUCUUUGACGCAGAGAAGAAAGUGCAAAGAGGAAGGCGGCAGCAGGAACGGUUCCAAGGAGGAACGAGAGACUGAUCUCGGAAUGAAAGAAGAGGCCGUCACAAAACCCUUGACUGAGCAUGACAGAGGGUCAGGCUCAUGCUUGUCGUCCCUGAAGAAAGCCCCACUGAAAUCAGUGAAGGGCUCAGAGAGGAGGAGGGAACAGAGUGGAGAGAAGAGUAGCUCACUGGACAGUGACGAAGACCUGGACACUGCAAUAAAAGAUUUGCUCAAGACCAAGAAGAAGUUGAAAAAGAAGACUAGAGAUAUGAAGUUGAAGUCAAGGAAGGGCCUCAAGGAUGAUGAUUAUUUGUCUAGAAAAACAGCAUCACCGCUAAAGAAGCUCAGAACGGAGUCUGAGCCCAAGACCAGCAGUCUUUUGAAAACGACCCUUAAAGUCACUACUACUACUACAGCCCAAAGUGGCAAUGACAACAGAGAGAAGUGCAAAGUGAGUAAGAAUGUGUCAAAGCAUCCACAGAGCAAUAAGAAGAAAGAGCCCCUUAACCAGGCAUAUGAGACAGACCGGUCUGAAGGGACAAAAUGUGUAGAAUGCUUGUCGGGAGUUAAUGACCCAGGGGUGUUUCAGAUAAAGGAAGAUAGUAGUUCAGUGGACAGCGACGACAGCAUUGAACAGGAGAUCAGAAAGUUCCUGGCGGAAAAGGCUAAAGUUUCUACUACCGCAGGGAACACGGGAGAAGGAAAGGAGAUUGGGAACGGCAAGGGCAAAACUACAAUCCCUCUCUCAGAGAAAAGCAGCAAGAUGGAAAAUCAGCUGGCUGAUAUUCCAAGAAUGGAUGUUACCCAAUUCCCUGACCCGCCUCGUCAGAGCAGUUCUGAGCAGAGAGGAGUUCUGGACAGAGGAGUCUUUCCCAACACACCCCCAGGAAACCCCACCUCCAUCCUAGGAACAGCCAGGGGAUCGUGCCUCCUUUCAGCCCUCACCCCCAGCUCCUAUCCUACAGCCCUGGAGCCUGCUGAUGGCGCUGGGGCUGCCAGAGCUGACAAGAGGAGUUCGGGUUCAGGAAGCGGUAAUGCCCACCAGUAUGCCAGCUCAGAGAUGGCAAGGGGUCACAGCCACAGGUCAUUUCCAAGCCCCAGCACCCACUUGCCCAGGACUGACUCAGAGCAGUGGCUUAAGAGCCAAGCGUUCCCCCCCACUGAGACAAAAGAGAAGAUCCAUAACCGGAACCCAUUCCAGUACAGCUCACCUAGUUUUGGUGAGAAGACAGCCACCACACAUGCGUAUCAGUGUGGAGUACCAGCCAGUAUCUAUCAACAUAGAAGGAGAGCUGAGCCUGCACCUGCAUUGAACACACCUGUCUCCACCUGUCCUGAUGUUGUACGGAUUGGGAGGAUCAUCAAAUCACCACUGGUUCCUUUCCACUGCCCCUCAUCCUCAGAGACAGCCGUCGUCUUCAGCUCUCCGUUCCCAAGCCUAACCAGGAGACCUGUGGAGACGGGGCCGUCCGGGAGGUACUUCCUCCAGGGUCAUGGGUCAGGGCCGGUCAGCCGCUGGGGUCAACCUCCAACCCUGACCCCAGGGCCGUCGGAGAGCAGCGUGGUACACGUGGCCAAGAACCAGACCACGUUUGUCGAACUGUCUGAGAACAAGACCAAUCAUGUACAAGUCAGGAGCAGGGAGGUGACAGUGAUUGAGGGAAAGAAGGAAAGGAGAGGUGACUUGCCAGCAGGAGAGAAGGAAAAAGAAAGGGAGGGCAGAAAGCCAGAGGAGAGAGGAGGAGAGCAGAUAGAAAGUCAAGGAGAGGAGGAGUAUGUAGAUGAGACCGAUGUCAGCGAGUCAGACGAGAGGACGAGCCCAGAGAAGAAGCAGGGCUUUCCUACUUUGUCUCUAUCCAGCGCCAUUGACCCUGGUGUCAACCUCAGCCCUUACAUAGCACUGAACACAGAGGAGAGGAGCAAGAGGAGAGGAUUGACGUAUAAAGCAGUCGCUGUAAAGCAGCCAAAGACCAAGAUUAAAAAACCUGUCAAGAGAGUGCUCCAAUUUCUACCACUAUCCAGGAAAAAUGAAUCAACUUGGAAGUGAAGCACAUCUUCAAGAAUUAUUAUCAAAUAUUGAAAUGUUGAACUGUUAUUGUUGGUUGAAUUGUUUGAUUGGGAAGUAUGUUAGUUGUGUUGAAAUUGCACUUCAGCUCUUUGUUGGUUUGUUCAACAAUAUUUGUAUUAUUCAUAUUUGUUUCGUAUUUGCAUAGUAGGCUAUUUUGAUUAGGCCAUUGAUCUUCAAUAUUUGAGAGUUGUUGAAUGUUUUAAAUGUCAAUAAAUUUUCUUCUACAUCAUGUU